CGCCACGUGUGCGUAGGAGCGCACCGGAAGCGCCCGGCUGGAGGCGCGGUGGCAGGGCUGGGCGGCGGCCGCAGGGCUGGGCGGCGGCGGUCAUGGAACGCCAAGAGGAGUCCCUGUCCGCGCGGCCGGCCCUGGAGACCGAGGGGCUGCGCUUCCUGCACAUCACGGUGGGCUCCCUGCUGGCCACCUAUGGCUGGUACAUCGUCUUCAGCUGCAUCCUUCUCUACGUGGUCUUUCAGAAGCUUUCCGCCCGGCUAAGAGCCUUGAGGCAGGGGCAGCUGGACCGAGCUGCGGCUGCUGUGGAACCUGAUGUUGUUGUUAAACGACAAGAAGCUUUAGCAGCUGCUCGAUUGAAAAUGCAAGAAGAACUAAAUGCGCAAGUUGAAAAGCAUAAGGAAAAACUGAAACAGCUUGAAGAAGAAAAAAGGAGACAGAAGAUUGAAAUGUGGGACAGCAUGCAAGAAGGAAAAAGUUACAAAGGAAAUGCAAAGAAGCCCCAGGAGGAAGACAGUCCUGGGCCUUCCACUUCAUCUGUCCUGAGACGGAAAUCGGACAGAAAGCCUUUGCGGGGAGGAGGUUAUAACCCGUUGUCUGGUGAAGGAGGCGGAGCUUGCUCCUGGAGACCUGGACGCAGAGGCCCGUCAUCUGGCGGAUGAGGCUAAGAAUCUUGUUAGUGUCACUUUUGACAUUAGCAAGAUGAACCCUUAACCCUCGAUUCAAUUGCCUUACGCACGCUUUUCACAGUGACUAGCCAAGGGGAGGUGGGGUUGAUUUCUGUUCCUAACUACACCUGCAUAUGUCAGGGCUCCAGUCAGCAGAAGGUAUAGAUGUUGCCUCUAGGCAUGAGGUCAUUGGUCACAUUCUACUUGGAGACAGUGAUUGCAUUCAUUGAUUUCGUGGUUAAUUGCUAGUUGGUAGGUAAAGGCCUCUAGAUGAUUAGCAAUCUUAAUAAAAGAGGCCUAGUAAUGUUCUUUUGAGGUUAGCAAUCCUUGCUGCUAGGACAGUCUCUGUGACAGGUUGCGUUGAAUGAUGUCUUCCUUAUCAAUGGUGAGCCCACCAGUGAGGAUUACUGAUGUGGACAGUUGAUGGGGUUUGUUUCUGUAUAUUUAUUUUUAUGUACAGAACUUUGUAAAAACGAAACUAUUUAAAAAACGAGAAUAACAUUUUUAGCAUCUUUAUUCAAGGAGAUUUAUGGACUUCAAUUUGUCUAUCAAACAUUAAAUAGCUUUUUAUUACAA